AGUUGUCGGCUUGCAAGUUAGGUUUGUAUUAAGUGUAUUUCAAUGUUGCUGUUUAAUAUUUACUUUGAAUUCAGUUUGUCAACUCUGCAUUGGAAUUCCUCAUGCAACCGGUGAAUAGAACGGUAGAAAAACAAAACAUCAGUGCAUUUCUAAGAUUGUCGGAAGCGCUUUCCCCUUGUUGAUUGUUAUUUCGUGCAUGUUUCAACGUGUUUCGCGACCAGAGACAAUUCGCGACUCGUGGCUUUUAAUGUGGAAAUUGUGCAUGUGUUUGUGUUGUUUCCUGUGUCUGGAUCAAGCUCCUGUUUCUUAACUUGACUAGAUAUGCCACUGCGCCGCGGACGUUCACAUCCAUAUUUGUGGGUAUCCGUCGAUGACACUCUCAAUUUUGAGCCGAAGAAAUCGCUAUGAAAGAUUUGAGCAAAGGCUCAUCCAUCGAGUCAGCUGAAAAAACUGAAGAUGAAUUUCCCGUCUGGAAUGACGGCACCCCAACUGGACGAUCCCAAAAUCAAACGGGAAUCAAUCGAAGAAGAAGGGUUGCACCCCGAAGUCAGUGAAGGUGGGUUUCUCGCAACUUUUGACCAUGCCGAAUCGAUACCACCCCAAUUCAAGCGUCUAGAACCGUUUCCUCCCCUGAUCAAAGAGGAAGCUGACAGAGUAAAUGAAGACUCAUCGCCAGCGCCUUUACUGCACAGUAGUGUCAAAAUAAAGGAUGAAUCGUCUCAGAUGCCUCUAAUAUCUGAGGCGGAGGAUCUGGAUGAAAAAGUUGGUUUCGUGACCGAGUGUCUCGUCCCAACUGUACUCAAAGUCGAAAAAGUCCGUGCUACGAACCUGAAUGAUGAAUCGAGCAGCAUUGCUGUAACUUUUUCAGAAUCUGAGUUGCUAAAAUCACGGAAGCUAUCCGUGAAAAUUGUGGAUCUUUUCUCCAGAUCCGAUCGUCGACUUGGGAAAGCUCAUACCAAUUCUGCAUCUUGCGAGUGCAAAUAUUGUAGCGAGGACGGCGGACUUACGCUUUUCGACGGAGGUACCCCGAAUAUCUUGAGGGGAAACGUACCGUCGAAAUCUGGCCAUGCGCUUUUGCGUUCCAAAGAGAAUUCCGGAAGUUCGGCACAGCUGACGGACGGAACAGCACCUCUUCCUGAAAACAUAGGAAAUUCCGAUGAAUAUUCUACCACCGUUAGCAGAGGAGACCCGCACAACUUCGACGCAGCUUAUUCAGGAUCAUCGUUGCUGCAGAGGAAUGUUGAGACGCGAUCCGGAAUGUUGAGUUGCAAUCAGUGCAAUGCAUCUUUCAAAACAAAGCAAAUUUUAAAGAAUCAUAAACUUGUCCAUACAGAUGAAAGACCGUUCAGUUGCACUAAGUGCAAUGCAUCUUUUAAAAGGAAGAAAAAUUUGGUUAUUCAUGCGAUGAUUCAUACGGGCUUGAAACCGUUUACUUGCAGUGAGUGUAAUGCAUCUUUUAAUCGUAAGAGUGAUUUACGUAGGCAUAUAAUGACUCAUAGGGAUGAAAAACCAUUCAGUUGCGAUCAGUGCAAUGCGUCUUUCAAAAAAAAGCGUUAUUUAAAUCAACAUAACCUUGUCCAUACAGACGAAAGACCGUUCAGUUGCGAUCAGUGCAAUGCAUCUUUUAAAUGGAAGAAAAGUUUGGUUAGUCACGUGAUGAGUCAUACGAGCUUAAAACCGUUUACAUGCAGUGAGUGUAAUGCAUCUUUUAAUCAAAAGAGUGUUUUACGUAGGCAUAGAAUGACUCAUACGGAUGGAAAACCAUUCAGUUGCGAUCAGUGCAAUGCAUCUUUCAAAACAAAGCGUCUUUUAAAGAGUCAUAAAUUCGUUCAUACGGAUGAAAGACCGUUCAGUUGCACUAAGUGCAAUGCAUCUUUUAAAAGGAAAAACGGUUUGGUUAGUCACGUGAUGAGUCAUACGAGCUUGAAACCGUUUAUUUGCAGUGAGUGUAAUGCAUCUUUUAAAUUAAAGAGUGCUUUACGUAGGCAUAGAAUGACUCAUACGGAUGGAAAACCAUUCAGUUGCGAUCAGUGCAAUGCAUCUUUCAAAACAAAGCGUCUUUUAAAGAGUCAUAAAUUCGUUCAUACGGAUGAAAGACCGUUCAGUUGCACUAAGUGCAAUGCAUCUUUUAAAAGGAAGAACGGUUUGGUUAGUCACGUGUUGAGUCAUACGAGCUUGAAACCGUUUACUUGCAGUGAGUGUAAUGCAUCUUUUAAUCAAAAGAGUGUUUUACGUACGCAUAUAAUGACUCAUACGGAUGAGAAACCAUUCAGUUGCGAUCAGUGCAAUGCAUCUUUCAAAACAAAGCAAAUUUUAAAGAAUCAUAAACUUGUCCAUACAGAUGAAAGACCGUUCAGUUGCACUAAGUGCAAUGCAUCUUUUAAAAGGAAGAAAAAUUUGGUUAUUCAUGCGAUGAGUCAUACGGGCUUGAAACCGUUUACUUGCAGUGAGUGUAAUGCAUCUUUUAAUCAAAAGAGUGCUUUACGUAGGCAUAUAAUGACUCAUACGGAUGAAAAACCAUUCAGUUGCGAUCAGUGCAAUGCAUCUUUCAAAACAAAGUAUAUUUUAAAGAAUCAUAAACUUGUCCAUACAGAUGAAAGACCGUUCAGUUGCACUAAGUGCAAUGCAUCUUUUAAAAGUAAGAACGGUUUGGUUAGUCACGUGAUGAGUCAUACGAGCUUAAAACCGUUUACUUGCAGUGAGUGUAAUGCAUCUUUAAAAUUAAAGAGUGAUUUACGUAGGCAUAUAAUGACUCAUAGGGAUGAAAAACCAUUCAGUUGCGAUUACCCCCCCCUCCCCCAACUAAAUCUGUAUAUUAUUAAGUUUGGAAUAUCCAAACGAAUGAUUUGUCAAGUUUCAAAGUCAGCUGAAAAAACUGAAAUGAACUUACCCUCUGGAAAGACGGCACCCGAACUGGACGAUCCCAAAAUCAAACGGGAAUCAAUCGAAGAAGGGUUGCACCCCGAAGUCAGUGAAGGUGGGUUUCUCGCAACGUUUGACCAUGCCAAAUCGAUACCAUUACCACCCCAAUCCAAGCGUCCAGAACCGUUCGUUCCCCUGAUCAAAGAGGAAGCUGACAGCGAAAAUGAUUACUCAUCGCCAGCGCCUUUACUGCACAGUAGUGUCAAAAUAGAGGAUGAAUCGUCUCAGAUGCCUCUAAUAUCUGAGGCGGAGGAACUGGAUGAAAAAGUUGGUUUCGUGACCGAGUGUCUCGUCCCAACUGUACCCAAAGUCGAAGAAGUCCAUGCUACGAACCUGAUCGAUGAAUCGAGCAGCAUUGCUGUAACUUUUUCAGAAUCUGACUUGGUACAAUCAAAGAAGCUCUCCGUGAAAAUUGUGGAUCUUUUCUCCAGAUCCGAUCGUCGACUUGGGAAAGCUCAUAUUAAUUCUGCAUCUUGCGAGUGCAAAUAUUGUAGCGAGGACGGCGGACUUGCGCUUAUCGACGGAGGUACCCCGAAUAACUCGAGGGGGAACGUACCGUCGAAAUCUGGGCAGGCACUUUUGCGUUCAAAAGAGAAUUCCGGAAGUUCGGCACAGCUGACGGACGGAACAGCACCUCUUCCUGAAAACAUAGGAAAUUCCGAUGAAUAUUCUACCUUCGUUAGUAGAGGAGACCCGCACAACUUCGACGCAGCUCAUUCAGGAUCCUCGUUGCUGCAGAGAAAUGUUGAGACGCGAUCCGGAAUGUUGAGUUGCAAUCAGUGCAAUGCAUCUUUCAAAACAAAGCAUCUUUUAAAGAAUCACAAACUUGUCCAUACAGAUGAAAGACCGUUCAGUUGCACUAAGUGCAAUGCAUCUUUUAAAAGUAAGACCGGUUUGGUUAGUCACGUGAUGAGUCAUACGAGCUUGAAACCCUUUACUUGCAGUGAGUGUAAUGCAUCUUUUAAAUUAAAGAGUGCUUUACGUAGGCAUAUAAUGACUCAUACGGAUGAAAAACCAUUCAGUUGCGAUCAGUGCAAUGCAUCUUUCAAAACAAAGCGUCUUUUAAAGAGUCAUAGAUUUGUCCAUACGGAUGAAAGACCGUUCAGUUGCAUUAAGUGCAAUGCAUCUUUUAAAAGGAAGAACGGUUUGGUUAGUCACAUGAUGAGUCAUACGAGCUUGAAACCGUUUACUUGCAGUGAGUGUAAUGCAUCUUUUAAAUUAAAGAGUGCUUUACGUAAGCAUAUAAUGACUCAUACGGAUGAAAAACCAUUCAGUUGCGAUCAGUGCAAUGCAUCUUUCAAAACAAAGCAUAUUUUAAAGAAUCAUAAACUUGUCCAUACAGAUGAAAGACCGUUCAGUUGCACUAAGUGCAAUGCAUCCUUUAAAUGGAAGAAAUGUUUCGUUAGUCACAUGAUGAGUCAUACGAGCUUGAAACCGUUUACUUGCAGUGAGUGUAAUGCAUCUUUUAAAUUAAAGAGUGUUUUACGUGAGCAUAUAAUGACUCAUGCGGAUGAAAAAUUCUUCAGUUGCGAUCAGUGCAAUGCAUCUUUCAAAACAAAGCGUGUUUUAAAGCAACAUAAACUUGUCCAUACAGAUGAAAGACCGUUCAGUUGCGAUCAGUGCAAUGCAUCUUUCAAAGAAAAGCGUCGUUUAAAGAAUCAUCGACUCGCCCAUACGGAUGUAAAACCCUUUAGUUGCAAUGAGUGUCAUGCAUCUUCAGCUGAAAAAACUGAAAUGAACUUACCCUCUGGAAAGACGGCACCCCAACUGGACGAUCCCAAAAUCAAACGGGAAUCAAUCGAAGAAGAAGGGAUGCACCCCGAAGUCAGUGAAGGUGGGUUUCUCGCAACUUUUGACCAUGCCAAAUCGAUACCACCCCAAUCCAAGCGUCCAGAACCGUUCGCUCCCCUGAUCAAAGAGGAAGCUGACGGCGAAAAUGAAGACUCAUCGCCAGCGCCUUUACUGCACAGUUGUGUCAAAAUAAAUGAUGAAUCGUCUCAGAUGCCUCUAAUAUCUGAGGCGGAGGAACUGGAUGAAAAAGUUGGUUUCGUGACCGAGUGUCUCGUCCCAACUGUACCCAAAGUCGAAGAAGUCCAUGCAACGAACCUGAUCGAUGAAUCGAGCAGCAUUGCUGUAACUUUUUCAGAAUUUGACUUGGUAAAAUCAAAGAAGCUCUCCGUGAAAAUUGUGGAUCUUUUCUCCAGAUCCGAUCGUCGACUUGGGAAAGCUCAUACCAAUUCUGCAUCUUGCGAGUGCAAAUAUUGUAGCGAGGACGGCGGACUUACGCUUUUCGACGGAGGUACCCCGAAUAUCUUGAGGGGAAACGUACCGUCGAAAUCUGGCCAGGCGCUUUUGCGUUCAAAAGAGAAUUCCGGAAGUUCGGCACAGCUGACUGACGGAACAGCACCUCUUCCUGAAAACAUAGGAAAUUCCGAUGAAUAUUCUACCUUCCUCAGUAGAGGAGACCCGCACAACUUCGACGCAGCUCAUUCAGGAUCAUCUUUGCUGCAGAGGAAUGUUGAGACGCGAUCCGGAAUGUUGAGUUGCAAUCAGUGCAAUGCAUCUUUCAAAACAAAGCGUCUUUUGAAAGAUCAUAAACUUGUCCAUACAGAUGGAAGACCGUUCAGUUGCACUAAGUUCAAUGCAUCUUUUAAAAGUAAGAACGGUUUGGUUAGUCACGUGAUGAGUCAUACGAGCUUGAAACCGUUUACUUGCAGUGAGUGUAAUGCAUCUUUUAAUCUAAACAGUGAUUUACGUCAGCAUAUAAUGACUCAUGCGGAUGAAAAACCAUUCAGUUGCGAUCAGUGCAAUGCAUCUUUCAAAACAAAGCGUUAUUUAAGGAAUCAUAGACUCGUCCAUACGGAUGAAAGACCGUUCAGUUGCACUAAGUGCAAUGCAUCUUUCAAAAGAAAGAACGGUUUGGUUCUUCAUGUGAUGAGUCAUACGAGCUUGAAACCGUUUACUUGCAGUGAGUGUAAUGCAUCUUUUAAAUUAAAGAGUGCUUUACGUAGGCAUAUAAUGACUCAUACGGAUGAAAAACCAUUCAGUUGCGAUCAGUGCAAUGUAUCCUUCAAAACAAAGCGUGUUUUAAAGCAACAUAAACUUGUCCAUACAGAUGAAAGGCCGUUCAGUUGCACUAAGUGCAAUGCAUCUUUUAAAAGGAAGACCGGUUUGGUUAGUCACGUGAUGAGUCAUACGAGCUUGAAACCGUUUACUUGCAGUGAGUGUAAUGCAUCUUUUAAAUUAAAGAGUGUUUUACGUGUGCAUAUAAUGACUCAUGCUGUUGAAAAAUUCUUCAGUUGCGAUCAGUGCAAUGCAUCUUUCAAAACAAAGCGUUAUUUAAGGAAACAUAAACUCGUCCAUACGGAUGAAAGACCCUUUAGUUGCAAUGAGUGUCAUGCAUCUUUUAAGUGGAAGCGUGAUUUUAGGGAGCAUUGUUUAAAGAAACAUUCGAGUAAAAAGACUGCGUUAAGUGUUUAAUUGUCAGUUAUUAUUAUCUGAACCCAAUCUUACUUCAUUAAAAACAUAUAUUUAUUAAAGAAAAUAUCCUCAUGAUACUCGCGGUCAUACGGGAUUUCAACCGUUUGCUUGCUGUGAGUUUAAUGCAUCAUUUAAAACUAAAGAUGAGGUGUGCCAUCACAUGAUCAGUCAUGCGAGUGAAAGACCGUUUAGUUACAAUGAGUGUAAUAUAUCUUUCAAAAAGAGCGUUAUUUUUGUCUUAGACUCGUCCAUGUACAUGAAAGACCGUUCAGUUUCACUAAGUGCAAUGGACCUUUUAAACGAAAGGAUGAGGUUUCGAAGCAUAUGAUUUGUCAUACGAGUGAAAGACCGUUUAGUUGCAAUGAGUGUAAUGCAUCUUAUAAACGAGAGUUUGAUUUAAAGGUGCAUUGUAUUAAUAAACAUUCAAGUAAAAAGACGGCAUCAAGUGUUUGAUUUGGAGUUAGUGUUUAUUCCCUGCACCCAAUCUUACUUCAUUAAAAAAGUGAUUUUAUUUAAGAAGAUAUCCUCAAUAUACUCUUCGGUCGAAGUUCUUCGCGCAAUUUUCAUAAUAAAAUUGACUCUGAUGUUAUCUUCAUUAGAGAAUAAUCUUCGGUGAUUUCAAAUAAAUGCUGUGUCAUUACAUAAGAAGCUUUAAAUAUCAGAAGUUCUAAAACGAUAGGUUUUUUAGCAUACGUAUUGGUCGUAUAGAGUUAUUUCAGAUAAACUUCCACGUACACUUAAAAUAAAUACAUUUUCACAUAGUUUUACAGUAUCCUCUUGUUGAUAAAGUAUACCUACCAUAUAAGUUUUCACUUUUUUCGCAUUUAGAUUGUCAUGUUUAGCAAGUAAUCAGUGUUUCACUUCCUGUUGUAUCUUUUUCUGCUGGAUUUAGAUUUAGAUCUUAGACUUAGAAUGAAGAUGUUUCAAUAUUUUCUCAUAUUAAGAAUGAAAAUCUAAUCUAUUAUAUCCAUGAUAUUUCUUCACC